AUUUAUAUAUAUGCACAUAUCUUAAGAUAGAAUUAAGCAUUAGAUGGAAUUGAUCAUGAGUUCUAAAAGAGGUUCAUCAUCAAGGAAGUACAAGCUUGGUUUGCAUGAAGAUUCACAUAUGGUUUCCAAGUUGAAGCCUAAGAUAAGGAUAGUACAUAUUUUCGCACCGGAGAUAAUCAAGACCGAUGUGAAUAACUUCCGCGAACUUGUUCAACGGCUCACCGGGAAGCCGGUGAAGAAAAAUACCAGUGAGAAUACACGCGAAAAUGGUAUCAAAGAAUUGAAGAAGGAAGAGAUAUGGAGAGACGAGAUCAUCAAAUCUGAAGAUUUUGUUGAUGGAGUUGGAGAUGUUGAUGAGUUCUUGCAAGAUCUAAGUGAUUUACCCUUUGUUUCUUUCAGCUCUUUAGUUUCUUGAAUAGUUUUUUCAGGUUUCAUU